CGUGACCAGCAACACGGAAGUGAAGGCCGGGAGUAAACAUGGCUCCCACUUGGUUGUGUGUCUUCAGUUGAAAGAAAAGCCCGUCACGUCACGUCACGUCACGUGGUCACAUCCCACGCGGUGUGAGGGGACCAGCUGGUCGAAAGUCGCACCAACUAAGAAGAGAAAAUGCCGCGUCUGGGGACGCUGUGCAGGUGUCUCCUGAUCUGCGUCACACUGUUCAGCGGCGCGGUUACAUCCUCCCGGAGAGCCAACGUGGUGCUCAUCCUCACAGACGACCUGGACUCCUCCAUGGGCGGCCUGAGUCCACUCAACAAGACCAAAAAACUGAUCGGUGAUGCGGGCAUCUCCUUCACAAACGCAUUUGUCGCCAGUCCGCUGUGCUGCCCCAGUCGAGCCAGCAUCCUGACGGGCAAAUAUCCCCACAACCACCACGUCACCAACAACACCCUGGAGGGGAACUGCAGCAGCAAGGCUUGGCAGAAGAGCGAGGAGGCCAACACUUUCCCCGCUUUGCUCAACAACCUGGCCGGCUACCAGACCUUCUUUGCCGGGAAGUACCUCAACCAGUACGGCCACUCUGAAGCUGGCGGAGUGGAGCAUGUUCCUCCCGGCUGGAACUACUGGGUCGGACUGGAGAAGAAUUCCAAAUACUACAACUACACUCUGUCAGUGAACGGGAAGACGGAGAAACACGGAGCGGACUACGACAAAGAUUACCUGACGGAUGUCUUGGCCAACAUGUCCCUCAACUUCCUCCAAUACAAGUCCAGCUACAAGCCCUUCUUCAUGAUGGUGUCCACGCCGGCGCCCCACUCGCCCUGGACGGCGGCCCCUCAGUACCAGGGCCGCUUCAACAACACCCGGGCGCCCAGAGACCCCAACUUCAACAUCCACGGCAAGGACAAGCACUGGCUGAUCCGGCAGGCCAAGACGCCCAUGACCAACUCCUCCAUCAACUUCCUGGAUGAUGCCUUCAGGAGAAGGUGGCAGACUCUGCUGUCCGUGGAUGACUUGGUGGAGAAGGUGGUGAAGGGCUUGGAGGCGAGAGGAGAACUGGACAACACCUAUGUCUUCUUCACCUCAGACAACGGCUACCACACAGGUCAGUUCUCCCUCCCCGUGGACAAGAGGCAGCUGUAUGAGUUUGAUAUCCGGGUGCCUCUGAUGGUGCGAGGACCAAACAUCAAGGCCAAGCAGACCAGUCAGUUCCUGGUGGCCAACGUGGACCUGGGUCCAACCAUCCUGGACAUAGCAGGACUCAAUGUCAGCAAGACUCACAUGGAUGGUCUGUCCUUCCUGCCUGUCAUGGAGGGGAAAAUGAACGCGAGCGCUUGGAGGUCAGACCUGCUGGUGGAGUACGAAGGAGAAGGGAAGAACGUUUCAGAUCCCGCCUGCCCCCUCCUGGGACCUGGUGUGUCGGAAUGUUUCCCAGACUGCGUGUGUGAGGACUCCUACAACAACACUUACGCCUGCGUGCGCACCGUCGCCCCCUCUGCCGACCUGCAGUACUGCGAGUUUGACGACAACGAGGUGUUUGUGGAGGUCUACAACUUGACCUCCGACCCCUUCCAGCUGAGCAACAUCGCCAAGAGCAUCGACCAGGACGUCCUGGAGAAGAUGAACCAUCGCCUCAUGAUGCUGCAGUCCUGCUCGGGACAGUCCUGCCGCACGCCGGGCGUGUACGACCCUCGGUACAGGUUUGAUCCCCGUGAGAUGUUCUCUGGCCACAAACAGAAGCCACAGAAGAUGAAGUAACGUGAAAGGUCGGGAGUGCCGAGAGGACGCCAUGGCGGGCGCUAAAAGAGGAGCUUUACACAAUUUACGAGUUAAAUGUGGUCCCUCUUCCAUGCUUGGAUAUUUACUACACGCACACGAGCAACUGUUGAAUGUUCAUACACAGCUGCUGACUUUGUUACUUUGGAGCUCCGAAACAUAAACAAAAUGUCUUUUACUGCUGAUUUAGUGACGUUUUAGUGACGACUGAAUUUGUGUUCUUCUUCUUAAUGAGGCACUUUUCCCUUCUUCUUUGCUGUUUUGUGCAAAGUAAAGAUAUUUUAACUGCG